GUAUACAGAUUGCACGAGCGGUCAGGCGUGAAGGCGAUAAGCGACGUCCCUUUGGCCCAUCUCCAUCGAGGGUCGCCUAAACAGCGUCAGUGCAGCAGGCGACCUUCUGUCGUUUGGGCGUCUGCGUGCUCCCAGAGACUCCAGGAGGUCCAGGCAAUACUUCCGUUCGCACUCACGUCCAUCUGUCCACCGGAACUUCAUCCCUGCUGCACACAGCGAACUAUUUCUUGCAUCAAAGUUCAGACUAAACGAGCUCCGAGCACCUCAGCUUCGCUGGAAUAAACCGUCUAAAGUGGUGAAGAAGCCAAACCAGUCAGAAGAGCCGACUACCGUAACAGAAGUACGUGGCCUCAAGAAACGUGGAGGGAACCAGUAAUAAACUUCCUCGUCAUGGCCGUUUACGGAUUCAUGGCUGCCGAUUACAUUGUGCUGAUCGGAUUCUUGGCACUGUCCACGUCCAUCGGUGUCUUCUUCGCCUGGUCGGAUAGACGGCAACAGUCAAACAAGACAUUUCUGACGGCCAACAAGCAGCUCGGAUGGGUUCCCGUCUCCCUGUCAAUGAUGGCGAGUUUCCUGUCGUCCAUCGCCAUCCUGGGCUUGCCCUCGGAAGUGUUCGUGCACGGCUCUUCAUUGUGGAUGGGUGCCGUUUCUUCGACCAUUGCUGUCAUCUUAGCAGCGUACGUGUUCCUGCCCAUGUACUACAAGAUGGACAUCACUAGCAUCAACGAGUACCUGGAACGGAGAUUCAAUUCAACAGCGGUCAGAAACGUGGCUUCCGGCGUCUUCAUCGUUCAAACGCUGCUGUACAUGGGAGUGGUGCUGUACGGUCCAUCAUUGGCGCUUGGCUCUGUGACUGGAAUUCCCGUCUGGAUGACCAUCGUCCUCAACGGACUGGUGUGCACCUUCUACACAGCCAUUGGCGGAAUCAAGGCUGUUGUAUGGACCGAUGUGAUACAGAUGAUCCUUAUCUACGUAGGCUAUGUAAUGGUAAUCAUAUCGGGAUUGCAUCACCUUGGGGGCUUCGGCAACAUGUGGAAGCUUGCUGAAGAAGGUGGACGAAUCAUCGUUUUCAAUUUCAGCUUCAGUGCGUACGAGACCUACACGACGUGGAACGUGAUUCUUUCUUGGACCAUCGGGUGGAUGUCUGCCUACUGCGCCAGCCAGACGCAGGUCCAGCGGUACUCAAGCAUCGCCUCACUCAGAGACGCCAGGAGAGCGCUGCUUCUGAACGUCCCAGGAGUGGCGUUGACGCUCCUCCUCGCCGUACUCUCUGGUCUCAUCAUCUUCGCCAUAUACAAAGACUGUGAUCCUCGACUGCUCGGGGAAAUUGACAAGGCGGAUCAGCUCAUGCCGUAUAUUGUACAAGACCUGCUCAGUAACUAUCCUGGAUUAAGCGGGCUCCUUGUGUCAUCCGUCUUCAGCGGUUCCCUCAGCACAUUAUCGUCGGGGUACAACGCCCUGGCGGCUGUCACGUGGGACGACUUCAUUCGGCCACGGGUGAAUCUCUCCGAUAAACGGGCUGUACUGCUCACCAAGGCCGUCGCGGCGGGCUACGGUCUUCUCUCCAUAUCGAUUGCAUUUCUGACUGGGACCAUGGAGUCCAUAGUUCAGGCUUCCAGUAGCCUGGUGGGCGCCAUGUCCGGCCCUCUUCUGGGCAUCUUUCUCAUGGGCAUCUUCUUUCCCUUCUGCAAGAAAAAGGGGGCGCUGACCGGUGAACUGGUCGGUCUGGCCCUGUCAUGGUGGCUCGCCCUGGGCUCCAUUGUGUAUCCGAGGGACGGCGACGAGCUCCCCACUUCGACCGCAGAGUGCCCAAACUUCAACCAGACGCUCACAACGGGAUCUCUGGAUGGGCCGGAAACACCGAGCGGCAUCCUCAGCUUCUACCACAUCUCGUUCAUCUGGAUCGGCGUCAUUGGCUUCCUCACGUCGGUCAUCGUGGGGUUGGCCGUCAGCCUAAUAUUCGAGCGCAAUGAUAAGGAGGAGGUGGACCCCAAGUUCAUCUGUCCCUUUGUACGUAAAUUCAUGAGCAACUACGUCCAGCGAGAAACCAUCAUCAUCCUCAAGGGCAGCAGCCAGACGAAUGGGGUGUCGCCAGCAGAACUCAGAAAACUUAUGCCAGGAGAACAAUAAAGGGAGUUGAACUUUUA